GAGACCCAGCCCGUGCCGCCGCCCCUGGAUCCUUGACGCCUGAGCUCCCAUCGGGCCCCGAUCCUCGAUCCUCAGCCCCCCACCGCCCUCCCCGCCAUGUCGCUCCUGGUGGAGACCGUUGGCUUCUUCCUGGCUGUCGUCGGGUGGGCGAUGCUGGCCAUCACCCUCUUCAACAGCUACUGGAGGGUCUCCACCGUCUCCGGGAACGUCAUCACGACCUCCACCAUCUUCGAGAACCUCUGGCAGAGCUGCGCCACCGACUCCACCGGCGUCUACAACUGCUGGGAGUUCCAGUCGCUUCUCGAGCUACCCGCCUACCUACAAGCUUCUCGGGCCCUCAUGAUUAGCGCUUUGGUGCUGGGCUUCUUAGGGAUCCUCUGCGGCAUGAUGGGGCUGCAGUGUACGAAGGUGGCAGAAGACAACCCUAACAUGAAGUCCAAGAUGGCUGCUCUCAGUGGUUUCAUGUUUGUCCUGGCUGGUAUCUGCGGAAUGGUCACGGUCUCCUGGUACGCUGCCAACAUCACCCGUGAUUUCUUUAACCCUCUCUUUGUGGGCACAAAGUAUGAAAUUGGACCCGCCCUCUACCUGGGCUGGAGCGCGUCACUGCUGGUUAUUAUUGGGGGCGCAUGUCUGUUCAGUUCAUGCAGGACAUAUUCAUCACGGGAAAAGAGCUAUGCAUACCCAUACAAAGGCGCCAAGGGCCCCCUGUCCACCGGUGUGACCUCAGGCCCUCGGCCUCGUGCAGACUCCAACUCCAGCAGCAAUGGUGGAAAAUACGGCAAGAAUGCUUAUGUCUAAGCCGGAGCGUGGGGUCGUGUGUAUGUGUGACACCCCUCAUCAAAGACAUUCUUUCGAUGACCCAUGGGGCAGCCCAGAACCCCCAAGGCGUUUUCCGGAGAUGAAAAAUGGAAAAAGGACCUUUCUCGUCUCACGCCUUCUGCUGUUCGGACCUUUCUUCCCAUCCUG